AUGUCGUGGUUUGACAACGAACCCAGCCCAUACGGCCCCACGACGGCCACCGUCUUCACCCAGGGCAAUGACCGCACCUUCACGCUCAUGACCAUUGCGGGCGCCGCCUGCUUUGCCACCUGUGUCACGAGCUUUCGCCACUUGCGACAAUACCUCACUCAACUCUCCCACAACACGCCCCGCACUCUCGCCAUCAUCCUUGUCUGCGUCCCGCCUCUUUUCGCGAUAUCCUCCUUUUUGGGCCUCCUCUCGCCGCGUGGCAAGUACGUACCCUCUCGUCCAACCAGCCGACUCGCCAUGCUGCGUGGUGCGGCCGAGGGACACCAUGCCCAUCAACCUUUCCCUCCUCACCCAGGCAACCCCCCUUCCUGCCCUGCUCUUGCUUUUACUUAUUUCCCUCUCCCCCCCACCCCCAGCGGCAUGUUCCACUUGAUUCGAACAGCAGCAACCGUCAUGGCCGUCUUUGCUUACUUCAAGCUCAUUUUCUGGCACCUGGGCGGUGUCACCAUCGCCUCAAUUCGUGUGGCUGAGGAACAUGGCCAUGAAUAUGAGGAUCAUUGGCUCACGAAGCUUCCCCCGCUUCUUCCCUUGCGGCUUUGCAUCCCAAAAAUUCGCAUGGACGUGAGCAUGAUUCGCCGCUGCCGCGCCAUGGUCUGGCAGUUCUUCACCAUGGCGCCGCUCACCGCUUUUGCCCAGCUGUGGAUCAUCUUGGAAAAGGGUACCAAUCAGAAUGCCCCGAUGGAACAAGCCACGCUUGCCAUGCAGGCGCUGCAAACGAUCAGCAUGAUUGUGGCCGUGUACGGCCUGUUUACCAUCUUCUUUGCCACAAAAUCACUUCUCACAGCCGACGGCUAUCAACCGUUGCUCAAGAUGCUGGUGGUUCAUGUUGUGUUUUUGAUCAACACCUUGCAAAGCACCCUGAUUCCGCUCCUUUUGGCCUUGAGCAGCCCGCCUUCAGUGAAUGCGCAGCAAUCCUCGCACGAUGUCUGGCACCCGUCUUACCAAACCCAGGCUUGGAAGGAUUUUGUUGUCUCCUGUGAGAUGGUCAUCCUGAGUCUUCUCAUCUACAAAGCCUUUCCCGUUUCCGAUCUGCUCGAGUACGAGCAAAUGCUGCCGGGUGACCGUCCCGGCAUCGGCAUGUUUGAGGAUGAUUACAUCUCGCACCGCAUUGACAACGCUGCAAGUCUCCUCCGCCGCGCUGCCACCAUGGAGGACUACGCUGCACGCAGCUCCUACGCCCCCGAAGUGGAGCAACAGUCACCGCCAUCCCUGGCCCGUGGGGAUAGCUUUGCCCGCCUUCGCACUCACAGCGUCAAGGCCAUCACUGACUUGGGCAUGCUGCGUCUUUUGCCCCCAAGCAGCGACGGCAGUCUCCACUCUUCGGGUCUUGAGGAUCACCUCAACCCCAACUCUGCUCUCUUUCACAACCGGUCCAAACCACUAGGUCGCAACAGCGAUCCCAACAUCAGCAGUGACACCUCGCGCCGCUCCUCCAUGUCCUCAGCUUCGCGGCCCGCAAUGUCUUGGCAUGGCCAGCGUCGCGCUUCGCCCAUACACCGCACGGAAACCGAGUUUACCAACCUGGAGGAGGCUGACGAGGAGCACAUCGACCUGAGCGAAAGUCAGGACACCGAUAACUUUGAGACCCGGGUGACGUCUGGCAGCACUGCUCGCCGCGCGUCCUCAGGGCACUCCACUGUGCCACCGAUUGUCGUCACUCCAGCCGACGUUGAUGGCAUAGACAUGGACUUGCUGGAUGGCCACCCACAACAAAGACCCUCUGUGACGUCGGCCUGGAUGCUAAACGACGGUGGCAGUGAAGAGCAGGCUGCUUCCGUUUUUGACAGCUCACGAUCGAGCAACGCUGUGAGCACACGUCAAUCAGCUCGAAAUAGUUACAGCGAGACGAUAGCCUGA